UUCUAAGUCGGUUUGAUCCCGCCAUCCAUUCUGGAAACCCUAACCUUUUUCCCUCAAAUUUCCAGAUCUUAUAUCUCCGAUAUCUUACAACACACAUUUCUGGCUUCUGAAAAUGCCUGUGAAUUUGACAUCUAACGCGAUUCCGCUGAUUCUCUCCGGCGACAUGAACUCGAAGCCGCUGCUACAGGUAUUAGACAUCAAACUCAUCGGCUCUUCACAGGAACGCUACCGUUUACUCCUCUCCGAUUCUGUUUCCACUCAGCAAGCAAUGCUCGCCACUCAGCUUAAUGAUCGAGUCAAAACCGGCACCGUUCUCAAAGGAUCCGUUGUUCAGCUCAUCGAAUACAUUUGCAGCACUAUUCAAAAUCGCAAGAUUAUUGUUGUUCUGAACAUGGAAACCAUUAUACCUGAAUGUGAAAUUAUUGGUAACCCAAAGAUGCAUGCUGAAUCUGACACUAAGGCUCACAAUCCAGUUUCUAAUGGCAUCUCUCAGCACACAACAGUACCAUCUACUAAUCGUUCAGUUCCGAAAAAUUUGAGCAACAGCACUCAAACCUUCCGACCAACUGUUCAACCUGCAUACCAACCUCCACCAGUUUACAAAAAUCACGGGUCAAUCAUGAAGAAUGAGGCCCCAGCCCGUAUCAUCCCGAUUGCCGCCCUCAACCCAUACCAAGGUAGAUGGGCUGUUAAAGCUAGAGUAACUGCAAAAGGAGAUCUCCGCCGCUACAACAAUGCAAAGGGAGAUGGAAAAGUCUUCUCAUUUGACCUUCUUGACUCAGAUGGAGGUGAAAUACGGGUCACUUGUUUCAAUGCAGUUGUUGACCGUUUUUAUGACACCAUUGAAGUUGGUAAGGUCUACAUAAUAUCAAAAGGUAGUUUAAAACCUGCUAAAAAGAACUUCAAUCAUCUGAAUAACGAAUGGGAGAUUUUCCUUGAGUCGUCCUCCACCAUUGAUCUUUGCCCGGAUGAAGAUUCGUCAAUCCCACAGCAACAAUUUUCGUUUAAACCUAUCAUGGAGAUAGAAACUGCCGAAAAUAAUUCAAUCAUCGACGUCAUUGGCAUUGUUACAUCAGUCAAACCUUGUGUGCCUGUCCUAAGGAAAAACGGAAUGGAAACUCAAAAACGAGACCUAAAUCUAAAAGAUCAAUCAGGUAGAAGUGUAGAGCUAACACUUUGGGGGGAGUUCUGUAAUCGUGAAGGUCAAAAGCUUCAAGAACUGGUCAAUUCUGGUUCUGCCCCUGUUUUAGCUGUGAAAGCUGGGAAAGUAAAUGACUUUUCUGGUAAAUCUGUAGGGACAGUUUCGUCAACUCAGUUAUUCAUAGAUCCAGAUUCCCCUGAGGCCAGUAAUCUGAGAGCUUGGUAUGAUAGAGUAGGCAGAAACCUUGAUUCUCAAUCCAUUUCCCGUGAUUUGCAAGGAGGAUUGAAAACCGAUAAACGAAAAACUAUAUCUCAGAUAAAAGAUGAAGGCCUUGGUAGAUCAGAUAAAGCAGAUUGGGUGACUGUAAAAGCAACCAUCACUUUCAUUAAAACUGACAACUUCUGUUACACGGCGUGUCCGUUGACAAUUGGAGAUAAACAAUGCACUAAGAAAGUAACAAAGUCAGGGAGCUCAAAAUGGCAAUGUGACCGUUGCAAUCAAGAGUUUGAAGAAUGUGAUUAUAGAUAUCUACUUCAAUGUCAGGUUCAAGAUCACACUGGGUUGACAUGGGUGACUGCUUUUCAAGAAGCGGGUGAAGAAAUCUUGGGGUGCUCUGCGAAAGAGUUGUACAUGAUGAAAUCUGAAGGCGAUGAUGAACGAUUUGGAAAUGUGAUUAAAAGCCGUCUUUUUGGUGAGGUGCUUUUGAAGCUGAAAAUCAAAGAGGAAACCUAUGGUGAUGAACAAAGGGUUAAAAUAACCGUUUUUAAGUUGGAUGGGCUGAACUACUCUUCUGACACCAAGUUUCUGUUGGGUUUAAUCCCAGCAAAAUAAGUCCUUAGAUGGAUGCAAUUCUUUGCAUUUCAAUUUGCUACUUAUAUUGGAACUUACCACUUACUGGUUACGAUAUGAAUUGUUGCAUGCUUAAUAGGAUAGAGAGAAUAUAAAUGACCUCGUUGGAUUGAGAUUGAUUGCAA